AAUCAGCAUGCGAGCGGGGACCGGGAGGCUGGACGCGCAAGUGCAGAUCGUCUCCCGGGAAACGGGCGCGCUCAUGGCGUGGCACAGGGGUGCGGGUGGCUGGCGCCUGUGGCGGGGCGCCCAUCGGCCGCCCGGGGACGCAGGAUUCGCCACCGGGGCCGGGCUUCUGUCUCAGCACCGAGGCGGCCGCGAGGCGCUGUUGCUGGAGCUGCGCGCGGCCUUGCUGGAGCGCAGAGGACCUCUAGUGACGCUGAACAAGCCACAGGGUCUGCCGGUGACAGGAAAACCAGGAGAGCUGACUUUGCUGUCCGUGUUGCCAGAGCUGAGCCAGGCCCUGGGGCUCAGGCAGCAGGAGCUGCAGGUUGUCCGAGCACCUGGGAAGGAGACUUCUGGGCUUGUGCUCCUCUCCAGUUGUCCCCAGACAGCGAGCCGCCUCCGGAAGUUCUUCAUCCAGUCGAGGAGAGCUCACAGACCCACAGCCACCUACUGGGCUGUCACCAACGGGAUCCCAGCUGCUUCUGCGGGGCAGAUCCGCGCAGCACUGACAUUACAGCACACCGACGGUGUCAAUGUCGUGGUUCCAGUGAAGUCCCCAUCCCGAAGGGACAUCCUGGAGGGUGUCAAGAGGACCCUCAGCCACUUUCGUGUAAUGGCCACAGGCUUUGGCUGCGCCCUGAUCCAGCUGCAGCCCCUCACAGCGUUCCCUAGUCAGCUGCAGGUACACAUGAUGUUACAGCUCUGUCCUGUGCUUGGGGACCACACCUAUUCUGCUCGUGUGGGCACUGUCCUGGGCCAGCGCUUCCUGUUGUCUGUGGAGAGCACAAAGCCUCAAAGACAGGCCCUGGAUGACGCCCUGCUCAGACGCCUCCACCUGACCCCUGCCCAGGCUGCACAGCUGCCCUUGCACCUGCACCUGUACCAGAUGUUCCUCCCUGGCAGCAGGCCUACCGAUGCACCCAUCGAGCUGCGGGCACCCCUACCCCAGUAUUUCUCCAGGACCCUGCAGGGGCUGGGGUUCUGCCAGCAACAGGCUCCCUCUGCUGCUGCCCCCAGAGGGCAGCAGAGGGAGGCCUGACUGGACCCACGGAGAUGGGGUCGCUGUCAGCUGCUCGGACAUCCCAGCUGUGUGUUUAGGCAAACCUGAGAGCAGAUCUUGGGAUGUCAGGCAGGUGACUAUUCUCUGGACUAGAAAUAAUAAAAAUUCUGAGCUGGUGGGAA